UAUAUAUGAAAAUCAUAUUUUUUAAAAAAGAAAGCAAAAUCAACACUCAUUUUAUAAAAUGGUGGCACAAUCGUAAAUCUUCUCUUCACCCUCAUGAUUCUUCAGACUUCUUUCUUUAUAUAGCAAUGAUUGAUCUAUUUAAGCAUAAUGAAAAGCAUUACUGCACAUCUCGAUCUCCAGACUCCAGCUACAAGAAGCAACCUUAACUAGCAAAAAUGGAUUUUGUUCUAAAUUACCUUAAUGCCAAUACAAUUGGAGUUCUUUCGCUAAUCCUCUUCUGUUUGUUUUUGUAUCAUCCCUUCAAAUUUGCUCGAGGUAAAAAAGAGGCUCCCACAGUUGCAGGUGCAUGGCCAAUACUUGGUCACCUUCCACUGUUAAAUGGUUCAGAUAUACCCCAUAGAGCCUUGGGUGAUUUGGCUGACAAGUAUGGACCCAUAUUCACCAUCAAACUUGGCGUCAAAAAGGCUUUAGUAAUUAGCAAUUGGGAAAUAGCUAAGGAAUGCUUCACCACAAAUGACAUUUUUGUUUCGUCUCGCCCUAAGCUUGUUGCCGUUGAGUACAUGGGCUACAACCAAGCCAUGUUAGGCUUUGCACCCUAUGGUCCUUAUUGGCGCGAACUACGAAAGGUUGCAACGUUAGAGAUCCUCUCUAAUCGCCGAGUGGAGCAACUACAAGAUGUUCGUGUCUCUGAAGUUCAACAUUCGAUUAAAGAUCUCUUCAAUGUUUGGUGUAGCAAAAAGAACGAGUCUGGUUAUGCAUUGGUAGAGCUGAAACAAUGGUUUUAUCAUUUGACAUUCAACAUGGUUCUUCAAAUGGUCGUUGGGAAGCGAUAUUUCAGUGCUACAACUGUGGAUGAUCAAGAGAUGGCUCAAAGAUGUGUGAAAGCUGUGAAGGAGUUCAUGCGUCUCAUAGGGGUGUUUACAGUGGGAGAUGCUAUUCCUUUUUUGAGAAGGUUUGAUUUUGGUGGCCAUGAGAAGGCCAUGAAAGAAACUGGGAAAGAACUGGAUAAUAUUUUGGGUGAGUGGUUAGAGGAGCACCGACAAAACAGGUCUUUGGGUGAAAGUAUUGAUCGAGACUUCAUGGAUGUGAUGAUUUCCUUGCUUGAUGGAAAAACAAUUCAAGGGAUUGAUGCCGAUACCAUCAUCAAAUCCACUGUACUGGCAGUAAUUUUAGGAGCAACUGACACAACCAGUACUACUCUUACGUGGGCAAUAUGCUUGAUGUUGAGAAAUCCUUUUGCGUUGGAAAAUGUUAAAGCGGAACUUGACAUCCAAGUUGGAAAAGAAAGAUGUAUAACUGAAUCUGAUAUAAGUAAGUUAACAUACCUUCAAGCUGUUGUCAAAGAAACUUUAAGAUUAUACCCUGCAGGUCCUCUCUCAGUACCUCGAGAAUUCACGGAGAAUUGCACUUUAGGUGGCUACAACAUUGAAAAAGGAACACGUCUAAUUACAAAUCUUUGGAAGAUUCACACAGAUAUUAAUGUUUGGUCAGAUCCAUUAGAGUUCAAACCAGAAAGAUUUCUCACCACCUACAAAGAUGUUGAUGUUAGGGGUCAUCAUUUUGAGCUAUUACCAUUUGGAGGUGGUAGAAGAAUUUGUCCUGGAAUAUCCUUUGGCCUUCAAAUGGUUCAUUUAAUUCUUGCUAGGUUUUUGCAUUCCUUUCAAAUCCUAAAUAUGUCAACUGAACCUCUUGAUAUAACUGAAACCUUUGGAUCAACCAACACUAUAUCUACCCCACUUGACAUUCUUAUUAAACCAUAUUUAUCUCCUAAUUGUUAUGUAUGAAAGCAUACGAUCCAUGUGUUAGCUGAGUGAUAUUGGUGUAUAGUUUAUUGUUGAUCUAUUCGAUCUACUUCUAUAUUAAAUAAGGUUUGCCUCAAAUUAUUUCAACAAUGUAUAAUUGUUA